GUAGCCGCUUGUCCGGCCGAGGCGGAUCGCUCCUCUCACGCGCGCACUGCCGUUUCGCUUUCGCAGGGAAAACCGGUUUUAUUUUGUCAAUCCAUCGCCGUGGAGGAGGCACUGCGCGCUACAGGAUUCUUUGAAGCUUUGAAGUCAGAGGUCAAACGGCCAUGGCAACCAGAAGGGUUCUGGUGACCGGGUGCUCUUCUGGCAUCGGCUUGGCAGUGGCAGCGCGGCUGGCCAAGGAUGAGCUCAGACGGUUUAAAGUGGUUGCCACAAUGAGGGAUCUCGGGAAACGUGGGCCUUUGGAGAAGGCGGCAGGUGACUCCUUAAACGAAACUUUGGAAAUCAAGCAGCUAGAUGCCUGCUGUGAAGCCUCCAUCAAGCAGUGCGUCGACAGCCUGCCGGACAGGCGGGUGGAUGUUCUUGUGAACAACGCCGGUGUGGGCAUGAUCGGACCAGUGGAGUGCCAGAGCAUAGAUGCCAUGAAGGAGCUCUUUGACACAAACUUCUUUGGCCUGGCCCGGCUGGUGAGAGAGCUGCUGCCUGACAUGAAGCGGAGGCAGAGCGGCCAUAUCGUGGUGAUGAGCAGUGUCAUGGGAAUACAGGGGCUUCUGUUCAAUGACGUCUACUCAGCCUCCAAAUUCGCCGUGGAAGGAUUUUGUGAAAGUCUGGCAGUGCAAGCAAUGAAGUUUAACAUCAAGACAACUCUGGUGGAACCUGGCCCCGUGGUUACAGAGUUUGAAAGGAAAGUGUAUGAGGACGCUGAGAAGAUGGAUCUAUCUGGGACGGACGAGGAGACUGCCAAAAUCUUCCGGGAAAUUUACCUGCCGUACUCUUUGAAAGUCUUUGCCUCCUUAGGGCAGACCCCAGAGCAAGUGGCUGAGCACACCGUUAAAGUGAUAACAGCCAAAGAGCCUCCUCUGCGCCACCAGACCAACUGCCUUUACACGCCCAUGACGGCACUGAAGCAUGCAGACCCGACUGGUCGCCUGCCUCUGGACACCUUCUACAAGAUGAUCUUCAAACACAACAGCGUGUUCAAUGCCUCGCUCGGCGUGCUGCGCCUGCUGCAGAGGGGGGCAGGAAGGAAAUAAAGAUUUCACUGUUAGCUUCCAUAGAUUAAAAAUGUUAUUCGUGUUAUGUUAUUUUAAAGUAAGUGAUGGAAUCUGGGAGCCACAACCGUUUUAUAAGUAUAGCAUCCAACUGAGGUGUGACAGAAGUAAUGGUACGAGCCGUAGGACGUUGUCUGGAAAUUAUACAGUUGCUGUAAAAAAAAAAGAUGUGAAAUACCAUUGUACUUUACAUGUUCCCACAUUAUUUAUGACCUUCUUUCUUGUUGUAGAAUCUCUUUUGGUUUGAUUUUCUUUUGAUUUGUUCCGGAAAAAACACUGUAAUAACAUAAAAUAUAAAAUAGAA